ACAGCAGGAAGGGUGAGGAAAUAAACAAAAUAAAAACGAUUCAAUUUAAACGAUAAAGAACAAAACAGCGCGUCAUCUUCUGAUACCGUUUGGUAGUUCGACGUGUUAGCUACUGAAGUCGGUUCAGUUGCAGCCGUCAGGAUGCAGAGCACCACAAAUUACCUGUGGUUGAUCUCAGACCUGCUGGGUCAGGGAGCCACGGCAAAUGUGUACCGCGGCAGACACAAGAAAACUGGGGACCUGUACGCGGUCAAAGUCUUCAACAACCUGAGUUUCUUGAGGCCGCUGGACGUCCAGAUGAGAGAGUUUGAAGUCCUGAAGAAACUGAACCACAAAAACAUCGUCAAACUGUUCGCCGUGGAGGAGGAGUCAAACACUCGUCAUAAAGUCCUGGUGAUGGAGUAUUGUCCCUGUGGAAGUCUCUACACCGUCCUCGAGGAGUCCUCCAACGCGUAUGGACUUCCAGAGGACGAGUUUCUGAUUGUUCUGCACGAUGUCGUGGCGGGUAUGAACCACCUGAGGGAGUACGGGAUCGUCCACCGGGACAUCAAACCGGGAAACAUCAUGAGGGUGAUCGGAGAGGAAGGGCGCUCCGUGUACAAACUGACCGACUUUGGAGCGGCCCGAGAGCUGGAGGACGACGAGCAGUUUGUGUCUCUGUACGGCACCGAGGAAUACCUGCACCCCGACAUGUACGAGCGAGCCGUGCUGAGGAAAGACCACCAGAAGAAGUACGGAGCCACGGUGGACCUGUGGAGCAUCGGUGUCACCUUUUAUCACGCCGCCACCGGCAGCCUCCCGUUCAGACCGUUUGAGGGGCCGCGGAGGAACAAAGAAGUCAUGUAUAAAAUCAUCACAGAGAAACCUUCUGGAACGAUCUCCGGGCAUCAGAAGUGUGAGAACGGGAAGAUCGAGUGGAGCACAGAGAUGCCCGUGUCCUGCAGUCUGUCCAAGGGCCUUCAGAGCCUCCUGACUCCAGUCCUGGCUAACAUCCUGGAGGCGGAUCAGGAGAAGUGCUGGGGCUUCGAUCAGUUCUUCGCGGAGACGAACGACAUCCUGCACCGGACGGUGGUCUACGUGUUCAGUCUGCAGCAGGCCACGCUGCACCACGUCUACAUCCACGAGUACAACACGGCGGCGCUGUUCCAGGAGCUGAUGUCCCGCCGCUCCAGCAUCCCUCUGCACAACCAGGAGCUGCUGUACGAGGGCCGCCGUCUCGUCCUCGACCCCAACCGACAAGCCAAGACCUUCCCCAAAACCUCCAGAGACAACCCCAUCAUGCUCGUCAGCCGCGAGUCCGUCGCCACCGUGGGACUCAUCUUUGAAGAUCCCAGUCCUCCCAAAGUUCAGCCUCGCUACGAUCUGGACCUGGAUGCCAGCUACGCAAAGACUUUUGCAGGAGACGUCGGUCACUUAUGGAAAACCUCCGAGUCUCUCCUGGUGUAUCAGGAACUGGUGCGGAAAGGAGUCCGGGGUCUAAUCGAGUUGAUGAAGGAGGACUACAGCGAGAUCCUGCACAAGAAGUCUGAGGUCUUCCACCUGUGUAACUUCUGCACCCAGAUCCUGGAGAAAACCGAGCAGCUGUUUGAGAUGUUGAUGCAGGCCAACAUGAUCUCCUCAGAAUACGACGAGAUCUCAGACAUGCACAAGAAAAUCCUCAGAAUCUCCAGCUCUCUGGAUCCCAUCGAGCGAACAGCUCAGGACAUCAAGAGUAAAUUCCUCCCCGGAGGUCUGCUGACCGACGUCUGGACACUACAAGUGGGGACGCACCCUGAGGACAGGAAUGUGGAGAAAAUCAAAGUGCUGCUGGAUGCUAUCACAGCGAUCUACCAGCAGUUCAAGAAGGACAAAGCAGAGAGACGUCUUCCAUACAACGAAGAACAGAUCCAUAAAUUUGACAAGCAGAAGUUGGUCCUUCACGCCAGUAAAGCCAGAUCCCUGUUCACGGAGGAAUGUGCCAUGAAGUACCGCCUCUUCAUCUCUAAGAGCGAGGAGUGGAUGAGGAAAGCUCAUCACGUGAAGAAGCAGCUGCUCAGCCUGUCGGGUCAGCUGAUCAGCAUCGAGAAAGACGUGACCAUGCUGAUGGAGAGAGCGCUCAAGCUGCAGGAACUACUGCCUCAGAAAGUUCUUCCUCUGGUGUCCAGCGGGAUGAAACCUCCGGCCUACCUGAGCCAGAACACCCUGGUGGAGAUGACACUUGGGAUGAAGAAGCUGAAGGAGGAGAUGGAGGGAGUCGUCAAAGAGCUGGCAGAGAACAACCACUUCCUAGAGAGGUUCGGGACCCUGACGCUGGACGGUGGCCUGCGAGGCUAAAAAAAGACGAGGACUCGCUGCAGUUUGUAAAUACUUUCUGUGUUUAUCUUGUAAAUACGUUCGACUGUGACGUGGAGCUUUUUGUAUGAACGGCUCAGUUCUGCUCAUGAACACGUGACAAACUGUGCACCACAAACGGCUGCAGCUCGGGUUUAAGCGACUUUAACUGAACCUGAUGAACAGCGAGGGAACGGAGACCCCGAAAAAAACUGUAAUUGUGAAUUUACCACAGCACUUAUAAAAACGCUGACACCUUCAUCUGAAGCAGGCUGUGUGAGCACCAGAGAUCCAGAGAGACGACUAUUAAAAUCCUCAAAGAUCAUUUGUAGGCUUCAUUGAAGGAUUUUUAGUUUAAAUUUAAUUAUUUUAGAUUGUUUUAGAGGACUUUUUUAAUUUACAGCAAGCUGAAGUCCACCUGUUUGGUACCUGGGAGUUAAGAUGUGGUCACCAACAUUAAAAUAAUUACAAAAUGAGGGUUUAAUGGAUUCAAAUAUUGAAGGGAAUUCGUGGAUUGAGAAGUAAAAGCUUUUAAAUUGACCAAAUAACAGUAAUGGGCUGGAUUUCCACAUUAAAAGACCAAAUUAAAUUCUAUAAAAGCAUUACUGAAGUCAGUCUUUUAAUGUUAUUAGCUUGAUUUAGAAGGGAUUUUACACUUCAAAAAUACUCUAGCGAUGGGAUUAUACUUUUUAACACCAUGACAAAAUUUUGAUUUUUAAGUAAUCCCCAAAAAUACCUAAAAGUUGGGUUCAUUUAAAUAAAAAAAAAGUUGUUUAACUUCUUUAAAACAUGAAAAGACGCACUGAAGGAUUUCUGGAUGCACAGCUUUAUUUUGUAUGAAAGGUGUUUGUUGUGUUUUCCUGAUAAAUUAAGGAUGAAUUAAGUUCAUUUUAAGGGACUGUAUCAUAGUAACUGGACUAUGAUGAAUGAAGGUGUUUGUUUUGGAUGUUUGCAUGGAAGAAGAGCUGUCUGAGGGGGCGACAAAAACCCUGAACAGUUACCUGAGAGGUCGCCUUCUUUAUGUUGAGAUGAGAGUUUAAAUCUCCUGAACAGGUCGGACUCUUUAUUGUGUAACAAAGUUAAACUUUUAUAAAUCUUUAUUGAAAGUUGUUUGAAGGGUUUUAACCUUUUAAAAGAACUAUAUCUGUGCCUAUUAUCCUCUAGAAAUCACUCAGUGUAAUAAUGUCAGACUUAACUGAAUUAUUAAAGGGUAGGUAAAUGAUAUACAAGCAUAUAACAGUUAGUGUUUAUUUAUUCUUAGAGGCCAAUCAAUGAUUAUCAUUUCCUGUACCAGCUCCUGAUCAUGAACAUCUCUUCCUCUUCACGUUGGUAUCAGUUCAUCUUAAUUCUUACAGUUAUAAAGAUGUUCUCUUUUUGUUUUUGUAAUUUUUGUUUUUGUCGAAGAUCAGCGUUCAAAAUAUUCAACGAAUGUUUGAAAAACUUGUAAAUAAAGACGAAGAAAGAUGGA